AGCCAGCGGGCGCCAUUUUGAAAGUGGAGUCGCCUGCCCCUGCCGCCGCGGCCGCCGUCGCUGUCCUAGCCGCCGCUGCUGCCGCUGCCGCCGCUGCUGCUGUCUCCACCGCGGGAGAAGGAGCACGAGACGGGACGCCCCUGAGUGAACGCCACCAUCCUGCUGACCGCUCCGUCCGGGCCGCUUCCUUUCCGCCCCGGUCCCCGUCCCCUCCCCCCUCAGGUGCCAUCCGCCUCCAUCCGCGCCCUCGAUCCCCCCAUCCCCAGGUGUGGGGGCUGAGCCCCGGUCGCGGAGACCCCGACGAGCCCGGCAGGGUCACCAUUUGCAGUGCGACAUGGCAGGAGCUGGAGGAGGGAAUGAUAUUCAGUGGUGUUUUUCUCAGGUGAAAGGAGCCGUAGAUGAUGACGUAGCAGAAGCAGAUAUAAUUUCUACAGUAGAGUUUAAUCAUUCUGGAGAAUUACUAGCCACAGGAGAUAAAGGUGGGAGAGUUGUCAUCUUUCAACAAGAGCAGGAGAACAAAAUCCAGUCUCAUAGCAGAGGAGAAUACAAUGUUUACAGCACCUUCCAGAGCCAUGAGCCAGAAUUCGACUACUUGAAAAGCUUAGAAAUAGAAGAAAAGAUCAACAAAAUUAGGUGGUUACCCCAGAAAAAUGCUGCCCAGUUUUUAUUGUCUACCAAUGAUAAAACAAUAAAAUUAUGGAAAAUCAGUGAAAGAGACAAAAGACCAGAAGGCUAUAACUUGAAAGAGGAGGAUGGAAGAUAUAGGGAUCCUACUACAGUCACCACACUACGGGUGCCGGUAUUUAGGCCCAUGGAUCUAAUGGUAGAGGCCAGUCCACGGAGAAUAUUUGCCAAUGCCCACACCUAUCACAUCAACUCAAUUUCUAUCAAUAGUGAUUAUGAAACCUACUUAUCAGCAGAUGAUUUGCGAAUUAAUCUCUGGCAUCUGGAAAUUACAGACAGGAGUUUUAAUAUCGUGGAUAUUAAGCCCGCCAAUAUGGAAGAGCUCACCGAGGUGAUCACAGCUGCAGAAUUUCAUCCCAACAGCUGUAACACGUUUGUGUACAGCAGCAGUAAAGGAACUAUUCGGUUAUGUGACAUGAGGGCAUCUGCGCUCUGUGACAGGCAUUCUAAAUUGUUUGAAGAACCUGAAGAUCCCAGCAACAGGUCUUUUUUUUCUGAAAUCAUCUCCUCUAUUUCUGAUGUAAAAUUCAGCCAUAGCGGUCGAUAUAUGAUGACUAGAGACUAUUUGUCAGUCAAAAUUUGGGACUUGAAUAUGGAAAACAGGCCCGUGGAGACAUACCAGGUACAUGAAUACCUCAGAAGUAAACUUUGCUCACUGUAUGAAAACGACUGCAUAUUUGACAAAUUUGAAUGUUGUUGGAAUGGGUCUGACAGCGUUGUCAUGACUGGAUCCUACAAUAAUUUCUUCAGAAUGUUCGACCGGAACACAAAACGGGAUAUAACCCUAGAAGCAUCACGAGAGAACAAUAAGCCUCGCACAGUUUUGAAGCCACGCAAAGUCUGUGCAAGUGGCAAGCGAAAGAAAGAUGAAAUUAGUGUUGACAGCCUAGACUUCAACAAGAAAAUCCUUCAUACAGCCUGGCACCCCAAGGAAAACAUCAUUGCUGUAGCGACUACAAACAAUCUGUAUAUAUUUCAAGACAAAGUGAAUUAGGCUGGCAUUCUCUGCAGAGGAGCCACUUCCUGCUUAGUGAGAUAGUUGAAUCUAGCAUUCAUACCUAUAAGAGAGCGGUCCAUUGUGGCGCCCCUUUCCAGUGUUUGACAGUGUGCCAUUCAACAACACAUUUGAUAGCCGCAUGGAGAAAGCUGUGUGGAUGCACCCCAGGCUGUUUUCCAUGUCUGCUAGCCAUUUAGGGAAGGGAAGGGCACUUUUAAUUUAAUGACUUCUUGCACCAUCUUGCCUGGUGGACUGGACUGGACUGUGUCAGCAUUGAUGUACUCCACUUUUUAUGCCUUCCAUUGUGAUGACGUCAAACACAGUGAACGCCUUCAGUCAUGCUAUGGAAUUUGUGUAUCCUCAUUACUGUAUCAUUUGUGGGGUACACCCCUCCCCUCUUUUUUAAAUUAAAUACAGCUCAUUCUUACUGUGGCUUGUAGCAUUCCUCCUCUCUGGCCUCCUGGACUCUUCCCUCCAUCUCUCACCCUUGCCCUUUCCACCUUGUCUUGGUGGUGGCGUAUUCAAAAAAGGAAGAACGAAAGCACACAAAAAUGAGUCAGUUGGGGUCAGUGGUAAUGGGGGGAAUAUGUUGCGAACAAAUGUUUUAAUAAAAGUUGGCUGUAAUCACUCCUUGCCAUGUCUGGCACUGAAAAUAAGGAAAAAAAACUACUACUGAAUAAAAGUGACAAAGAAUGGAGAA